GCUGUCGUUGUUCUGACUAUCGUGACUGCAAUGGCGAUGUACCAAAGUAUGAAAAUCGCAAACGAUUUUGAAAUCUAUAAAAUGGAUUCCGACAAAAGAUUUGACGAAUUGAAGAAAGAUUUUCGUGCUGAAUAUUUGUUGUUAAAAACAAAAUCUGAAACUGAUCUGGAAAGUAUGAAAAACAAUGUUCAGUCCGACAAAGAUAAUCUUAUCAAAGUGAUCGAAUCUCGAAAUGAAAAGAUUUUCGAGUUAUCUGGAUGGUUCAAAGCCAGCAAUAAUCUUUUUUAUAAAGGGUUUUCCGAGAAAGUUGAAUACCAGACUGCGAGAAACCGCUGCCAACAACUGGGUGCUCGGUUAAUUUCCACUGGCUUUAGAGAUCCUGCUGUCAGAAGCGAAAUUAUUCCAAAAAUUUGUAUCCGGAACAUCCGCAUAUGGAUCGGGCUUAAUGACAUUGAACGAGAGGGGGUUUGGGUUUGGUCAGAUGGGAACAUCCUGACGGAUAUAAGAAGUAUUCCAUGGAGAAACGGUGAACCAAAUAACGACGGAAACGAGGAUUGUGGGGAAUAUCUUUGGCGAACAACGGAUGACGGAGUAAACGACACUGAGUGCUAUUCACAUUGCGCCUAUGCUUGUGAAAAAGCAUUCUCUUAG